GCAGGAAACCAGCAAAGAAAUCAAAUCCAACAAAACGCCGCGCCACAAGCGAACGCCCCAACUCCCCAAGCUGCACAGAAAUAGAUGCCGCGGCUUCAGCAAGGUCAACGCUGCCGAUCGCCUACCGGCUACCCACCCUCCCGUGCCGUCCCGUGCGCCCCCACGCUUCACGGCCGGAGACGAGAUCGAUGCCUCCCGCUGCCCCGCGAUCUCUCCUCGUCGCGUGCCUGCUCCUGCUCUCCGCGCGCGCGGCGGAUGCCGGGCCUCUCGCCGCCGAGUUCGUCUACCCCAACUUCACCGCUUCUAGCUACGAGUACAUCGACACCGACGGCGCGUUCUUGGAGUCCAGCAACGGCACGUUCAGGGCGGCCAUCCAGAGCCCCGGUAAGCAGCAGCAGCAUCAGCAGGCCGGCAGCUUCUUCUACCUCGUCGUCCUGCACGCGCCGUCCGGCACGCCGGUAUGGACGGCCAACCGCGACGCGCCGACGGGACCCUCCGGCCGGGUCCAGCUCUCGCCGCGCGGGCUCGCCGUGACGGACGCCGAUGGAAGGAAGGUGCUGUGGUCGACGCCGACGCCUCUAAUGCCUGCGCCCGUCGCGGCGCUCCGCCUGCGGGACGACGGGAACCUGCAGCUCCUGGACGCCCGCAACGCGACGCUGUGGCAGUCGUUCGAUAGCCCCACCGACACGCUGCUAACGGGACAGCAGCUGCGCGCGGGCGGCGGGUACCUGUCGUCGCCGAGGAGCUCCGGCGACUACUCCCAGGGGGACUACCGGCUCGCGAUCGUGGCCGCGUCAGACGUGGCGCUGACGUGGCAGGGGUCCACGUACUGGCGGCUGUCGAACGACCUCCGGUCCUUCAAGGACCGCAACGCAGCCGUGGCGGCCGUGUCGUUCAACGCGUCGGGGCUGUUCGCGGUCGGUGCCGAUGGCGCGCUGGUGUUCCGGGUGGACCUCGCGCCGCGCGCCGCGGGGUUCCGGGUGCUGAAGCUGGGGCACGACGGGCGGCUGCGCGUCACGAGCUACGCGAUGGUGAACUCCUCGGCGCCGCUCGGGCCCGGCGGCGGCGACGACUUCGUGGCGCCAGCCGGCGACUGCGACCUCCCUUUGCAGUGCCCAUCCCUCGGGCUCUGCGCCCCCGCCGCGGGCAACAGCUCGACCUGCACGUGCCCGCCGCUCUUCUCGGCCUCCGCCACGGUCCCCGGCGGGUGCACGCCGGGGGACGGCUCUGCGCUCGCGUCGCCUGCGGACUUGUGCAAAAGUGAUUACAACAGCGGCGCGUCCGUGUCUUACCUCGCGCUCAAGUCCCAGAUUGCCUACUUCGCCACCAGGUUCGACCCCCCGACGGUGACCGGCGUCAAGAACGCCGCGUGCCGCGCUCUCUGCACCGCGAACUGCUCUUGCCUCGGCUAUUUCCAUGACAGCUCCUCCAGGAGCUGCUACUUGAUCGGAGGAAAGCAGCUCGGGUCGCUGUAUUCGAACACCCGUGCUACAGCAUUGGGAUACAUGAAGACGGUUAAUUCGGGGGCCAGAGAUGCGAACAGCAAAAGCAAGUGGCCGUCGGUGAACCACAUUUUGCCGAUCGUACUGCCGUCCAUCGCGGCGUUCCUUCUCGUCGUCUUGGUCGCAUGGUUGUGGUGGAGGAGGAAGAGCAGGAAUAACGGGAAGAGAAGCAAGGGCAGCAAGAACUCAGCGGCCAAGCAACUGAAUUUGGGCCACCAAAACUCGCGGUCGAGGGACGCAAGCUACGACGAAGACCCCGACGACGACGACCUCGUCAUUCCAGGCAUGCCGGCGCGGUUUACCUACGCGGAGAUUGCAUCGAUGACGGCAAGCUUCGGGACAAAGGUCGGUGCCGGCGGGUUCGGGUCGGUGUACAAAGGGGAGCUCCCGGGCGGCGACGGGCUCGUGGCGGUGAAGAAGCUGGAGGCGGCGGGCGUGCAGGCGAAGCGGGAGUUUUGCACGGAGAUCGCCGUGAUCGGCAGCAUCCGCCACGUGAACCUCGUCCGCCUCCGGGGCUUCUGCGCGGAGGGCAGACGCCGGCUGCUCGUGUACGAGUACAUGAACCGCGGCUCGCUCGACCGGUCGCUGUUCGGCAGCGCCGGCCCGGCGCUGGAGUGGGGGGAGCGGAUGGAGGUGGCGCUGGGCGCGGCGCGCGGGCUCGCGUACCUGCACGCCGGGUGCGACCAGAAGAUCGUGCACUGCGACGUGAAGCCGGAGAACAUCCUGCUGGCGGACGGCGGGCAGGUGAAGAUCUCGGACUUCGGGCUCGCGAAGCUCAUGUCGCCCGAGCACUCGGCGAUCUUCACCACCAUGCGCGGCACCAGGGGUUACCUCGCGCCCGAGUGGCUCAGCAGCAGCGCCAUCUCGGACCGCGCCGACGUGUACAGCUUCGGCAUGGUGCUGCUCGAGCUCGUGCACGGGCGGAAGAACCGGGGCGAGCAGGACAACUUCCUCGACGUCGCCGCGGACUUCCGUUCUGGCAGCAGCAGCGUGAUGACGUCGACGACAAGCGGAGGCACCGGCAGCGGCUGUGGCGGCGACGACUACUUCCCGAUGGUGGCGCUGGAGCUUCACGAGCAAGGGAGGUACCUGGACCUCGUGGACGCGAGGCUGGAAGGGCGUGUGAGCGAGGGCGAGGUGGCGCGCACGGUGCGCGUGGCGCUGUGCUGCCUGCACGAGGACCCCGCGCAGCGGCCGAGCAUGGCCGCGGUGGUGCGCGCGCUGGAGGGCAGUGCGCCCGCGCCGGAGCCCCGCGUGGAGGCGCUCGGCUUCCUGAGGCUCUACGGGAGGGGCUACGGCGGCGCCACGCUCCCGGCCUCGGACGCUGCGCAUCGCGGGUCCGCGUCGACGACGACGCCCGGCUGGUUGAACGAGUCGUCGUUGCAUGACACGGACACGUCGGUGCCAAGUUAGCAACACACUUCGACUUGCACACGACACGAUUCGGCUCGUCCUAUGACGUGGCGCCGACGGGACGCUGAUGCUUGGAGCACGGGAGGUAGCAGGUGGAACGGCAGAGAGGAACGGUCGUCGUGAACAAUAAACAAAUGUUGGAUUGGUCACGGGAUUAGAUCAGCUACGCCGUUCGACACCUCGAAUGGUCAUCUCAGACAAGUAAACAAAGCUGCGCCGGUCUGAAUUGUUAGUAUGUUCGUGAGAUGCAUUUGUUAAUUUGUUCGGUUAGGCACAGAACAACGGAAGGUCGUUUUAUCUACUGUAGCUUAUAUGUACAUUCAACAUGGAAGGUGUAAAACAAAACGGAGAAACUUAACAAGCACACAAGGUUAGUUCGUC